UUGCUGGUAGCUGGUUUCAGAGAUGAGGACUGAAAGAUUGUGGGAAAUUCUGGUUGCGUUCCUAAUUCUCUUACAGCUAUGGAGACAGGUAUCUGCAAUGGAAAUCCCACCUGAUGUGAGACAGCCUCCAAUGAUAAUUAAGCAGAGUGUCCAAGAUCAUAUAGUGGAGCCAACAGACCCCAUUGUUGUGGAGUGUGAGGCCACAGGAAACCCUCCUCCAGUCUUCAUUUGGACACGCAAUGGAGUCUACCUGAAUGUUGCCCGUGACCCUCAGGUUACAAUGAAGAGGCGUUCUGGCACACUGCAGAUAUUUUUUUGGGGCCGUCCAGAAGAUUAUGAGGGCAUAUACCAAUGUACAGCCACUAAUGAGUUUGGAUCAGCUCUAUCCAGUCACAUUCAUUUACGUGUUUCCAAGGCUCGUACAUGGCUGAAGGAAUAUUUGGAGCCAGUGUCUGUGUUUGUGGGACUUCCUCUGAUUCUGGCCUGUAAUCCUCCAGUGGGUCCACCCAAACCUCAGACUUACUGGAUGAACAGCUCUAUGGUACCAAUUCGCCAGGAUCGUAGAGUAUCGAUGUCAGAGAACGGAGACUUGUACUUCUCCAGUGUCAUAGCUGAUGAUGCGCUAACAAACUAUGUAUGCACAGCUCGCUUCCCCAACUCCAACAUCAUCCAGCAAAAACCUCCGUUAAUUCUUCAGGUGCACACAGCCCGUAUGGCAGCUCAGAUUGCUCCCAAGUUUUUGAAGCCCAGAGGAACAGCCAGCACUCAGAUCGCAAUGCUAGGGGAGGAGCUUAUUUUGGAGUGUUUUGCUUCUGGAGUUCCAGCUCCCACCAUCAAAUGGACUAAAGACUGGGAAAGCUUGUCCAAGGAAGGCAAGAAGCUGGAAAACUUCAAUAAAACUCUACGCAUUAAGAAAAUCUCAAUGGAUGAUAGAGGCGACUACAUCUGCACUGCCGCCAACAGGAUGGGCAGUGUGGACCACAUAAUCACAGUUAAAGUUAAAUCAACCCCAUUUUGGGUCGAGAAACCACAAAGUCUUAUUCUCUCUCGAGAUGAUAGUGGGCAGAUCGUCUGUCAGGCCGAUGGUAUUCCCAGACCUCAGAUACAGUGGCUAGUUAACGGAGAACCUAUUGAGGAUGCUCCUAUGAGUCCUGGAAGACAAGUAUCAGGCGAUACCCUGAUAUUUCAUGCCGUGGUGCCUGAUAGUACAGCUGUGUUCCAGUGCAAUGCCUCCAAUCAAUAUGGCUACAUCCUGGCCAAUGCCUUCCUUGCUGUAAUGGACAUGAAGCCACGAUUACUGGGCAUUAGAGGUGACCUGGUUAAAGUAGUUGAAGGGACUCAGACACUUCUUCACUGCCCAUAUUUUGGAUCACCAAAACCUGACCUGCGCUGGUCUAAAGCUGGAAUGGUUUUAUAUGAGGGAAGUCGAUAUAGCAUUCUUUACAAUGGGACACUGGAAAUAAAGAGUACCAAACUCCAGGACCAGGGGACAUAUCACUGCAUUGCUAGCAAUGUCAUUGGACAAGAUGAGAUGGAGACAGAACUAGAGGUCAAAGAACCCACUACAAUCAUCCGUGCCCCACAUAAUGCUAUUGUGGUAAAAGGGGGCUUAGUACAAUUUGACUGUAAGUUCCAGUCAGACCCAACCUUGGAGGUAAAGGUCACCUGGCUCAAAGACAACAAAUUUCUGAUCUUUGGUAGAAGAAUGACUAAGGAUGAGGACUCUAUGAGUAUUGCUGACGUGUAUAGGAGAGAUGAGGGUAUUUAUACCUGCAGAGUUAAGACUGAAAUUGAAGAAAUCAGUGCAUCAGCCAAACUCACUGUGAUGGAUCGUCCAGACCCACCUACUGAUUUGGAGGUGUCAGAUCCAUCAGAACGAAGUGUUAGACUCACAUGGGUGCCAGGACUGAGCAACCACAGCCCUAUCAAAGAGUAUCUGGUGCAGUACACUGAAGAUCUGCUCGCUGACUAUUGGCUGGUGGCAAGCGGCUGGAAGAACCUGACCAGUUAUCCUGGCCAGCUGAACUCUGUCAUGUUGAAGCUGAGCCCCUUUGUUGAAUACCAGUUCCGGGUUGUGGCUAUCAAUGAGAUUGGCCCCAGCAAACCCAGCAAACCAUCUGAAUAUUACGAGACUGGUGGAGCUGUACCAGAUGCCAUCCCAAGAAACAUCAAAGGAAUGGGAACUGGAGUGUUCAGAAAUAACAUGGAGAUCAGCUGGGAGCCGUUGGAGUAUAGAGAGUGGAACGGUCCCAAGCUUGGAUACAUGGUGUGGUGGAGAAGACGAGACUCCAGAGAGGAGUGGAAAAAUUACACCACAUACUGGUGGUGCAGUCACAUCAUCUACGAUACGGACACAUUCACACCCUAUGAAAUUAAAGUCCAAGCCGUCAAUUACUUUGGCCUCGGACCAGAAUCUCCUGUGAUCAUAGGUUACUCAGGAGAGGAUCGUCCCACUGCUGCUCCAACUGACUUGCAUGUCACAGAUGUCGAGAGCACAACGCUGACAGUCCACUGGCAUCCUGUGCCCCAAGACAGCAUCAUGGGGGAGAUUAAAGAGUACACGGUGUAUUACUGGAGAGAAAGCAGCCGUCUGCCCCAUCACAGUGUCACCACAAGGAUCAAAUCCAAGAGCUUUAAAGCAAAUGGGGCUCGGCUUUCUGGCACCCUAACUGGCCUCAUCCCCUACAGUAACUACAAGAUGUACAUAGUAGUGGCCAAUAACCGCUAUGAGGGUCCACCAAGCAACAGGAUUGAGUUCCAAACUCUUGAGGGAGUGCCAUCAGUUCCCAGGUCAUUCAGGAUAAUGCAUAGGCAUUAUGACACCAUCUACCUGGACUGGGAGGAACCUGCAGAACCUAAUGGCAUCCUAACUGGAUACAUCCUCAAAUACCAGACAUUGAACGUGUCAGCUGUUGAGAGGAUGGUGGUUGAAGAAAUCCCUUCCAACACCACGCAAUUCUCGCUGCGCCGCUUUGACCGCUACACUCGCUACAAGUUCAGUCUGGCUGCUCAGACAGAGAUGGGAGUGGGAGAGGCAUUCACAGAGGAGUCACCCCAUUUCACAACAGAGGAAUAUACCCGGGAACAAGUGGACAUAGUAACACAGGGAUGGUUCAUCGGGUUGAUGUGUGCCAUUGCACUUUUGGUCCUCAUCAUGCUCACAGUCUUCUUCAUUAAAAAAACACGUGGAGGAAAAUACCCAGUGAGAGACAAGCAGAAUUUUGCACUUGACUCAGUGGAUGAGAAGGAAGAGGGGUCUUUUGAAUACAGGUCUCUUGAAAGGAUAACGCGUGCGCCCACUCUACCCUACUCCAGGCGAGAGGAGGAAAGUCGUCAGGGUCGGACUCAGGGAAACAUGAAAAAGAUGACAAACAGUGAUGACAGCCUGAUGGAAUAUACCGAAGGUGAUGAGAUCGAGUUCAAUGAAGAUGGAUCGUUCAUUGGUGAAUAUACAGGCACCAGUAAGAGAGACAGAAACUCUUUUGCAUAAAUCACCAACCAUGGUGAAAGUGUGUUGGUGCAUGGUGCAGACUGAUCCCUGAGAAACCUUUAAACAAAGCUGAGUAUGGAAGGAUGACCACAAUGGCCAAGCAGAACUCAUGUGCCAAUGGCCACAUCAUGCAGCAUCCUGAAUUACAGCAGAGGCAUUACACCACUAGUCAGAAGUAUGGACGUAAGCUGUGGGUUUUUAACAAUGAUGAGUCAACAAUGAUGUGUGUAUUUAUUAAAGAGAUAUUUAUUUGAUUUGCCGU